AUGUCGGCGAAGAGAAAGUCGUCUGCCCUGAGCACACCGGCUCAUAGUGCACCCAAGAGACCACGAGAGCAAUCUGUUGCAGAAUCUAUUGCAGAAUCUAUUGCAGAACCUGGCGCAGAGUCCGUUGUAGAAUCUGGCAAAGAAUCUCUUGCAGAACCUGGUGUAGAAUCUGGUGCAGAGUCUUCCUCGGAAUCUGCCUCAGAGCCUGUCUCACAGUCUGGCUCGGAGGAGGAGAUCGAUAUUGAUGAUCUCGAUCUCAACGUGUCCUACGUGGGCAAAAUCAGCCUGCCGAGUCCGCCUGUGCGGCCCAAGCGGAAGAGAUGGACUCAUACGGGUAAAAAGCCAAUCACCCUCAUGGAGAAAGUCCCUAGAGGGUGGAAUGACCAAGAGCCAGAUCUAGAUCCCGAAGACUUUGAUGCUCAAAUCGCUCGGUGUAAGGAGCGGAUCACUGUGGAUAGAAUCAUGCCACAUGUCUUCAAAAGGAAGCUGGACAGGCUCGAGAAAGAAAAGAGAAGGAGAGCACACUUGAUGGGAAAUUACCCAGGACUGAGCUGGAAUGUCGUCAAUCGUAUUAUCCAGCUGCAGGGCGUCGCCAAACAUCUCGAGGGGCGACACCAAGCAGGACGCGAAGGCGAAUACGAAAGGUUUCAAACCGUGCUGGCAAUCAAGAAGGCAUAUCAAGAGGGGGACCUAGAUUUGCACGAAGGACUUGUGACAUACUGGUCUAAGGGAAGGAGACUUUGCGAGCCAAGGCCCUAUGAAUAUGCCGAGAUGAUGGCUAUUAAUGGGCGGCACGGCAAGGAAGGGGGUUUUUGGGUUGAAGAAAUGACGAUCCAGGUCCGAUAUCCUGGCACUACCUCUGGCCAGGGCUUGAUCUUUGCCGACGAUACCGGGUCCGACUUCAUGACUUUGUUUGACUCGGAUAUGGCGGAUCUCAAUUCUCAUUAUCGAAACAACGGCGUCAACGUGGUAUCUCCUUCUAAGCUGCGCACAAUCCCGGUUAAAACAUUCAGUGGCAACGAGGAAUGGCACGACAUCUACGAAGUUGAGGUCGCGUUCGCUGAUCCCACCGGUGCCCUGCUCACAAGCUGGGACCGUCUCAAAGUCCUCGUCUUAGGUGAUCCAAUUGGCGGCCCUACUCCUGACAGAGUCAAUGGACCGUGGAUUCGGUACAAGCUGCACACCUCCACUGCUCCAACCGCUAGGGUUGACAUGGGUAUAUUCCGCAUCAAAUCAGCUUUAGCACAAGGAACGCCAGUUGGUGUCCUGCCUGCGUGGACCAGAGUCAUGCCCCCAUAG